AUGACUAUAGUUUCUUCAAUUAAUAGAGUUUUAAGAAAUUUGGCAGCGAAAAAAGAACAACAAGCGAUGCAAAAUGAUUUUUAUGAUCGAGCUUUGCGAUAUUCUUCAACUCAAUGGUACAAUCAGUGGCCAAUGGGAGUACCAGGAGCUGUAGGUUUAGCACAGCUACCAUCUCUACCACAAACUAAUCAUACCGAUAAAAAAGAUUCUGGUGUGUUUUUUGCUUUUUAA